GGACCUGGGAUUCCUAUCGGAGUAUGCGAAGGGCUACUCGGCGGAGAACAAGCGGAGACAGCAGAAGUGGAUGGAGGAGUACGAGAGGGAGGCGAGAGACCGGGAGAGGAGGAGGAAGGAGAGGGAGUUGGAGAGGAAGGCGGAGAUGAGACGCAUCGACAGUGACUGGGAAAGAGAAAAGAGAGAGCGUGACAGGAGAGAUGCAGACAGAAAGGGGGAGAGGGAUGCGGAGAGGAGGAGGCGGGAGAAAGAGUGGGAGUUGCAGCAGGAGGAGUGGGAGAGACAGAAGGAGAGGAGAGAGAGGGAGAGAGAACUGCUGAGGAAGGAGAGGGAGAGGAUUGAGCAGGAGGCCAAGAACAAACAGAAGUUCGAUCCCCGGGUGCACACGGUGGAUUUGCCUGAUAGUCAGGGGGAGGGAGAGGUUGCGAAGGCCACACCAAGUGAGGUGGCGGACACUGUGGCGACUGUUAGGUCCCCCCAGCCCCAGACUAGACCGAAGAAGAAGAUGUUGAAUGAGGUGUCCGAACACGACCCUGGAGAAGUGAACAAUGACAGGGACCCUGGAGUGUGGGAAGGACACGGGCACUUCAAAGACGAGCGGGUGAUCUUCAAUUCAGACAAGGGCUACAUCAGCUGGACCAAGCCCAAGGGGUCACUGGAGGUCAUUUACAAGAACCCAGAUGGACUCCUCCAAUUCGGGUGCAAAGUGGAGCCUCGUCACCCAGGCAUGAAGGUCUACGAGGUGCGGGAGGACGCCGAGGUCCUCAUCUCCACUGGGAAGGGGGAGGGGGCACAGGGGGCACUGGAGUUCACUGCGAUAGACGGGGUCGUCAUCAUCGUCAUCGAGACAUACGAGGACGAGGCAGACCUCCCGGAGAGGUUCAGACUGGACUGGGCCCUCCACGUAUAAACUUGCAACACCCCUCCAAUAUGAAGAGGAAAAAUGGAACACAAACAAACAAUUAUUAUUCUUUUAUACUCAUUACAGCACAUAAUUACAGUAACAUCUCACCGAACCCGAAAAAAUAAACAGACAUUGCAGAAACUUAACUUGAUUUUUGGCUUUAGAAAUUUACAUUGGCAAAAGUUCGCUCAUAAUUAUCAAUGUAUUGGUCGAUUUACUGUAGUUUUGUCAACUUUUGUACACUUUGUUAAACAAGGAAACCAACUUUGUAAAGUUGAGACAGGAUAGACUAAACUCAAUUGAAUAAAACUGAUCAUUAUAACAACAAUAAAGUAAAAAACGCGGAGAACUAAGAUGAGCGGGUUCCUUGUCUUCCAAAACCACUUCAAAAAUUGAAAUCACGCAGAUAUUCAAAAGCUUAGAAAUUAUGCGAAAAAAAUUUGAGAAACGAGACCAAAAUAUAUGUUAUUGGUGUAUUUAAUAAUUCACAUCUAAUCAGA